AAACGUGAGUUUUAGCCGAAGAUGAACCGCUAGCAGGUUAAUUUGGUUCUCCAAAUGAUCCUUGGCACGUCAGCAAGAGAAGCCAAGUCGAAUGUUACACGUGGGGAUGUACAUUUGGUCAAAAUCCGGAGCGGUGACGAAAUUAUAUUUCUGUCUUGUUUCACUUCACCCCGAUUUUCAUCACUUUCACCCCACCUCUGCUAACCCCUCCCUAUUCGCUCAUUCAUCUUCCAACUCCAAUGAUUUGAGAUACGAUCAAUCUUUUAUCAAAUUUUGCUCCCACAAUUACAUAAGUCACAUCAUCAGGAGUUUCUUAUCAGUGCAUACCGCAAAAUGAUGAGACUUCAGACAUAUGCUGGACUGAGUGUGUUUGCCACACUAGCGGUUAUCUAUCAUGCAUUUAGCAGUAGAGGACAGUUCUACCCAGCAACAGUUUAUUUAUCUACUUCCAAAGUCUGUUUAGUGCUCCUUUUAAACAUGGGUUUGGUGAUCAUGUGCAUUAUGUGGCAGCUGACAAAAAAGGUAUUUCUUGGUUCGCUUAGAGAAGCGGAGGUCGAGAGAUUAAACGAGCAAUCAUGGCGAGAAGUUAUGGAAAUCCUUUUUGCUAUAACUAUAUUCCGACAAGACUUUUCUGUUAUGUUUCUUGCUAUGGUUACCGCUCUAUUACUCAUCAAGUCUUUGCAUUGGUUGGCUCAAAAGAGAGUUGAAUACAUCGAAACAACUCCAACUGUACCGAUGUUGUCUCAUGUACGGAUUGUUUCUUUCAUGGGAUUCCUUCUCCUUGUGGACUGUCUAUUUUUGUAUAACUCAGUAAAGUACUUGAUACAAACACGCCAAGCUUCGGUUUCUCUUUUCUUUUCAUUCGAAUACAUGAUAUUAGCUACAACUACAAUGUCGACUUUUGUCAAAUACGUUUUCUAUGUGAGUGAUAUGCUUAUGGAAGGGCAGUGGGAAAGAAAAGCUGUGUACACAUUCUAUCUGGAGCUUAUUCGCGACUUGCUACACUUGUCUAUGUAUCUCUGCUUUUUCCUCGUAAUCUUUGUGAACUAUGGUGUGCCUCUUCACUUGAUCCGGGAGCUGUAUGAGACAUUCAGAAACUUCAAGCUGCGAAUUGCUGAUUACAUCCGUUAUCGAAAGAUCACAUCAAAUAUGAAUGACCGGUUCCCAGAUGCAACACCAGAAGAGUUGAAUGAAAGCGAUGCAACCUGCAUUAUCUGUAGAGAGGAAAUGACUACAGCAAAAAGAUUAGUAUGUGGGCAUCUAUUUCAUGUGCACUGCCUUAGGUCAUGGUUAGAGAGACAACAUACAUGCCCCACUUGCAGAGCACUUGUUAUACCAAAUGAGGGUGCGACAAGUUCAUCACGUUCACGAGCAGGAGCUCAUCGUCAAGGAGCAAAUUCAGCAAAUACAUCGACUCAAGAUCGAUCUGGUGAUGGUGCUGGAAACGGAAAUAUUAGCCAGCAUCAAAAGAGGGUCCAAGCUGCAGCAGCUGCUGCUUCUAUAUAUCAAAAAUCAUUUGUUUAUCCUUCUCCAAGUUCUUUAACAUGGUCAUCUGGAUAUGCUUUACUUCCAAACAAAUCCACACCUGGAACAAAUACUAACAGUGGGGAACAUGGGAUUUCAAUCCCGAACAAUCCUGCAAACUUUCCAUCUUCUCAGUACCCACAAACCGGUUUCACACUAGUUCAUGCAAGUCCCAAACCCGAGGAUGGACGGGGCACCAAUGUCCAGGUGCCAGUGAAACUGGAAGCCGAGAAAAAAAUGAAUCAGGAUCAGAUUAAGGUUUUUCAAGAGAAAAGCUCAGUUGCAGAAAGCAGUGGCAGCAGCAGCAGCAGCAACGGUAGCUGGGAGGCGGAUCUGCCUAUGACUAAUUCGAAUAGUAAAGGGAAGGCAGUGUCAUCAUCUUUAUCAGUUUCGGGUGUUGACCAAAGUCAACAUGGGAUUGACGAUAACCGAGUUGAUGUCAACAAUUCACCAUUGUAGAUUUUGUUUGUAUGUAGGGCCACUUUGUUUUGAAUACACCAAAUUAAGUUGCAUAAUACCCUUGAUAAUUUUAAAGUAUAAUGGCCAUGAUAAUGCAGACAAUGUGACGUUUUCAAGUCUGGAAAAUUCAUUAACGUAAA